UUCUGUCUCCUCUCUCCCUCCGUACUGGACGGCCCGAGACCAUUUCCGGGCUCCGGGUGUUCGGUAUCGAUCAGGCCCGGGGGCGCGGGAGCAGGUGGCUGCGGCGGGGCAGCGGGGCCGUCAGCCUGGUGCGCCGGGGCCAGUCUCCCGUUGCAUUUGUCGCCGGUCCCUGCGCAGCGGCCCGCUCCCUCCUCCGGGCCCCCGCGCGCUGCCGGGUGGACUUUGCGCCGCGUCGGGCGCUGCUGCGGCUGCGGCUGCGGCUGCCGCGCGCGGGGCCGCGUUCGGGGCCGGCGGCGGCCGGGAAGCAGGCGGCGAGGGGCAGCCGGGACCCCGGCCCAACAUGGCCGAAGUCAGCAUCGACCAGUCCAAGCUGCCGGGAGUGAAGGAAGUGUGUCGAGAUUUUGCUGUCCUGGAGGACCACACCCUGGCCCACAGCCUGCAGGAACAAGAGAUUGAGCAUCAUUUGGCAUCAAACAUUCAGCGGAACCGUUUGGUCCAGCAUGAUCUCCAGGUGGCUAAGCAGCUCCAGGAGGAAGACCUGAAAGCUCAGGCCCAGCUUCAGAAGCGCUACAAGGACCUUGAGCAACAAGACUGUGAAAUUGCUCAGGAAAUCCAGGAGAAGCUGGCUAUUGAGGCAGAGAGACGCCGCAUCCAGGAGAAGAAGGAUGAGGACAUAGCUCGCCUUUUGCAAGAAAAGGAGUUACAGGAAGAGAAAAAGCGAAAGAAACACUUUCCGGAGUCCUCUGGAGCUUAUGGAGAGAGUUACUGUUAUGAAGAUGGAGACCAGCCACGGUCAAGGAGGGCAAGGGAAUUGGGUUCUGGAUUCUCAAGGCCUUGUAAACUCCAAAGUGAUGAAAAGACUGUGAAACACAGAAAGGAGAAAGCCAAACACCCACUGGAGAACUUGGAACAACAGGAAGAGCAUCAUUCGUCAGAGAGACCUCUGUCUUCUAGCUCGGGCAGAGUGAGGGAUGAUCCUCACAUUAACACUGAGCAGCGUGAAAGGACACGGCCUGGUCAUGAGAGGCCCCGGAGACCUCCUCCUCCCAGAAUCAGCGGUGAGGUGUUUCUGAGUACGGAAUCUGGUGACCGGGAGGCUAACGGUAGCCAUCGAACUCGAAAUUGGGACAAAGAGUCCAGACACCAAGACCGACUUUCACCGAAGUCGUCUCAGAAAGCAUGGACUCACUGCAAGGAACCCGUGCGUGGGAGGGAGCGUGGGCAAGGUGAGCACAGAGAAAGGAAACACAGGCCCAGGACUCCUCCCUUCUCAGAGAGUGAGGAGCCGCUCCAACUCCAUGACAAAGGAAUGAAGCCAAGAGCGAUGCAAGAAGCUGUCUCCACUCCAUCACGGGUGAUCCCCAGGGGUCAGGAAUGGCGUGAUGCUGAAAUUGCCAGAAAACUGCAAGAAGAAGAAAUUUUGGCCACGCAGGUGGACAUGAGAGCAGCUCAGGUAGCCCAGGAUGAGGAAAUUGCUAGACUUCUAAUGGCUGAAGAAAAGAAAGCUUACAGGAAAGCCAAGGAGCGGGAAAAGUCGUCACUGGACAAAAGGAAGCAUGAUCACGAUUGGAAGCCCAAAACAGCUAAAUCAGCGCAUUCAAAGUCAAAAGAGAGCGAUGAACCUCACCGUUUUAAGAAUGACAGGCCAGCACGGCCACCACCACCCACUGUGACAGAGGCCGAGGAUUUGGAUCACACUCAUUUUACAAACCAGCAUAAUUCUACACGGCUUUUCUCAAAAUCAGAGUCCUCUCAUAAAGGUUUCCACUAUAAGCAGUAAAAACCUAGGAAUCUGCCUUGAAAACGGACUCACUGUAGCCAAUAUUACUGGAUAAUACAGAAUGCAUUCUGUGCUUAUUUUUUCCUCCUAUGUUGUGUUCUGGGGAUUUAUCCUCAACUAUUUUUCUGACCAUAAAUAAUUUUAAUUCAUUUAAAAUGUUUUUAUUAUUUCUGAUCACUUGGGCAGCACAAGAAAACCUAGCUUCUGAAUAUUGACCACCUCUACACUGCAUAUGCUUCCUGGGAUAUAGUAUCUAUGAGAUCUAUAAAAUGCCAUUUUUGUUAGGUAUCGUGUGUUGGUAUUUAGGGGCUAGGAUUUACUUAGCAAUUAGAGUUUUGUGACGAUAAUGAUCAAGGUAAAACAUAAUGUGUGGAUGCAAUGCAGAAUAAAAGAAUAUAUGAAAUAGCUUUUUUGGUGCAUUAGUAUAUGAUGUAUUGAAAGACGGAGCCUUUUGCUUUUUGUAGUUUUUAGGAAAAGAAAAAAAUUACAACUAUAAAGUAUUUAAAAAAAAGAAAACCAAACACUUGGAACAGUUGUAAAUGUUACUCCGACUACCAGAACGAACUCUAGAGGUUUUACAUGUCCUUGUCCACCCUCCAGGGAGAAUUGGCCUAGAUGUCAUUCUCUGACACUUUCUUUGCUGUGCUUCCUUAAUAACGAAGCUUCCUGAAGCCUCUGGGUAUCGCUCAUUUAUUUAUUUAUUGGCAAAAAUUUAUUUCUGUGAUAUUUUAACUCAGGUCUUUGUAAAGUCAACUAAAACUGAAAAACUUUCUAUCCCUUCUCUUAUUUUACAUUUACUUACAAAGCCAAGGCAAAUGGAAUUGGGAAGGUGUUUACAUAAGUGGUGGUGCCAUUAUUCUCUCUGGCUGUAGAUCAAAGUUCUCUUGCUUAAAAAACAUAACAGUAUUUGUUGACAACCUCUCAAAAAUAGUUUGUGUAUCUAUUAAUAAUUAGAUUAAUUCAACAUGAAGUUGAAGUUGAUAAAGUGAUUCUUUAUCUAAAGUAUUUGGUUCUAUGCAUUCAUUAAUGAUACAUGGUCAUUGGAUCUUUUAUACAAGACCUUUAAACUUCUCUUUAAGAAAUCUAGUCUUUGUCUAGCUUCUAACCUUACAGAAAUGCUUAUUUUCCUAUACCAGUUAACACAAAUGGCAGUCACGCUCUAUAUAUAAGUAAUAUUCCUUUAGCUUGACUUCCUAUUAUUUUUCAUUGUGUGAAUGUCACGUUUUUGGCAUUCUAGUAUGGUGUUUGUUUUGGAAAGAAAUACAUAGGUGACUAGAGAAAAAGUUGUUAAUCCAUUCUUUUCCCAUUGGGAAAUGCCUUCCUUUUGCCUUAUCUUUCCAGAUGGUCUUUAAAGUCGGGCAAUGUUCAGGAAGCUAUUUAGAGUAGUUUCUGAGAGUGGAUUUGGGUCUUUCAUUUUGAGAAAGAUCUUUAGUUUCAUACAGUUUUUGGACUGUAAGAACUUGGUAAAAGGUAUCUAAGAGUUAAGUUUUGGCUAAAUUAUAGAGAAACAAAACCCUACAGGAGGUAGUCAUUUCAGAGAAAUGAGGAAAGGGAUGCUAACAGUACUUUGAAUGGCCAUGAUGAAAUGAAUGAAGAAAAGUCUUCAUUUAGUCACGGGCACACAGGUCCUUGCCUUAAGGCAGAUUCCAGAGGGUGGUUUCAAUAUCCAAAGCUUAGGCCUUAUUGACUUCUAGUCAUGUGCUAUUUUUCUUUGUCUGCCCUGUGAUUUUGCUUCAUGUUUUUAGAAGUUUUUAUAGUAGUUUUAAAGAAAAAAAACAACAACAGUGUAUUUUUAUUUGAUAAUUAGGCAAAUGGGCAAUAUCAUUUGCCAUAUUUUUAUUUUAUAAAUGUUUAUUUUUCUAUCAUGCAAUGAUCGGUUUUACUUUUACAAUUCUGCAUUCCUCUCGCCUCUCAUGUACUUCAUCCAAUUAUAUUUAUUAUUGUAAAUGCUAACUGGAUAUAUUUCAUUCAGAAUAUCAGGCCACUUGACACUCAACCAGAAUGUUAGUGUUUCAAUUGUCUUAGGAAGUGAUCAAAGGUGAUAUUUCCCUUGUGAUACCCAAUUCAACAUCUAUAUUGAAGAUUUGAUUUUUUAAAAGUUUUUAGAAGAUUACAAUUUAAAAGUAUUUAAUUUUAUUUAUUUUUUUGUAAAACAAACACUUUUUAGAGUUUCAGUAAUUCUUUCCCUGUGAGCAAGGAGACAGAAAUCAAACUCAACCAGUUAAAUCCUCUGGUUCUUAUUCAAGUAAUGUAAUUAUUAUCUUUGAGACUGUAGAAGCAACUAACAACUGUAUUUUUAAGGAACUACCAAACAUUCUUCACUGUGUUCUCUGCUUUUCACUUUGUCAUUUUUGUAUAAAUGCGGACACAUUUAUUUUGUUCCUGUCCCUACUGCUGGAACACAUGCAAUUUAAGCAUAAUGUAUUGUGCUCUAAUGUUGUGAUGUAAACUAAUACUUCUGGCCUUGGAAAAUAUUUCUAUACCUCUGUUCUCUGGAGGCCACGCUCCCUUAACACCAGUAUUGCCGAAUGAGCACAAUGUGUUAAGGAGUCUUAUACUGCUACUGGACAUGUACAUCCCCUCCGCCCAGCCUAACUUUUUGUAGGUCAUGGCCUGGAAAAGCAAGGCGAGGUAAGGGUCAGAUUAAACAUUUUGAGUUGAAAACAGUUUAACUGUAGUGUCAAACCGUUGUCGGACGUAGUUGUUUUUUUGGGAGGCUGGAGAGUUGCUACACAGGCUUUGAUGGAACACUGAGAUUUUUAGAAAGUGACUUUGUAUACCGUUGAAUUACUGUUUCUGAAGUGGCUUUACAAUAACCAGCAACAAACUAAUGAACUCCAAGAAAGACUGUGGUUUUUGAUCAGAGACACAUCUAAAUUAGAAAAGACAGAUGGGGAUCGAGGCUCCCAGGAGAAGGGCCUAUUCAGAAUGGCAGUGGCCACUUGCAUCUAGAACAGUACGUGUGACCAAAGUGUGUGGCCCUGGGCCUUGUGUUCCACUGAACUCACAGAAAAGUAUGAACUGGACCCAUUUUUCCCUUUGCUUCUCUACUGUGGCCUGCAGCUGGACUGGAUGAUGAAUACAUUCAUUGCUGACUUUGUCCAUACCGAUCCCUCAAUGUCAGGACUUUUCGGUAUAAAAAUAAUUAACUUUUAACUGGUAAUUAUUUUUCUUUAAUACUGUCAAAUAUUCUCUAAAUUCUGUCUUGUGCCAAAUUGUUCUUUGGAAUCACUUGCUAUAAUAUGGUGCAUUCAGUUUACCACAUAAGUGGUUAACAUUUUAGGGCCUUGAUUUUUAAUGAGUGUUGCCUUUGUAUAAAAAUCACUUUGGGGAAUACCAAGAUUAUUCACUUAUUUGGUGACGGUUUUCUUGAAAGAUAACCGUGGUGAUUGGCUGUAAGAUCUUCAGCCUAAUAAAAGAACAAGACCCCUGUGUAAUCAGCUUACUAAAGGACUGAGAACAGAGUAGAACUUCCAUUCAAGGGCCUUUUCCCUUUUGGGAAAACAGUAUUUAUGUAGGGAACGUUAAUGUAAAAGAGAACACCGACCCUGUAGAUUUCACUACAGAGUAUGCCAUAUUCUGAUAACAUCAGCGUUUUAGAAACAAUUAUAAAAAAAUCAAAAUCUAUUCUUUUAGCCAAAAGGAAAAAAAAACAGAUUUUUAAAGUAUUUUGUUCAUUACUUACUGCUCAUAGAGAAGUGACUAGAUAGAAUGGCCCCAUUUUCUCCUCACAUCUGGUGGUGCCUGUGAGUCUUGAAGCCAUAACUGCUUUGUCUUAUUGCUAGACUCCUUUUCCCCAUAAUAGGUAGUAGGGUCAGGGGGAAGCAAACUGGAGGCUGUGCUGAGAAUGCUGCAUGGGCACGAAGUCAUCCGAACUUUUGGUGGAAGAAUCUCUUAUUCCUGAUGAUACAUAGAUCCGUAAAGGGAAGAGUUGAGGCUAUCGUUGCUCCUGCGAUUUCACUGUUGUUGGAAUGUUGAAAUUUAAUGCUAGCAAAGAAGGAAGGGGGAAACUGAGGAAAUCUCACUUCUAGAGUCACUUUUCUGUUGAGACCUGCCCUUUAUGCCAGCAAUGUCUGCGGAGCAGCAUUGCCUUAAAUGAGUUGGAUUCCAACUGAGGUCAUUGUAUUGUACUUACCAUAUGUGAAUGACUGUCAACUCUCCAUUGACAUGUAAAAUUCUCAGGUGGUCCCCAAACAUCCUUGUCAUCCAGAGUUUUGGACCUCCCACUGAGCUAUGGGUGGCCUGUACAUCUAUGAUGAUAGAGCCAUCAUUCCAUUUCAAAUUGCCUCUAUCUAUGGAUGAGCAGUGGCCAAAUAGAUUGGUAGGAGAGGGAGAAUUUCCUGGCCAGGUUUUCAGGUGAUGCUUUCUGAAUAAUCGAGAGUUGACUGUCUUUUUCCAUUACGAUUGUGUAGAAGAUGUUUCCAAAGGUUCUAUUGUGCAGUGAAGUCACUCGUUACUGGUUUGUAAAAAUUUCACCAAUACUUCUGUGUAUUGAAAUACAUACCAUUAACAACAAAAAGAGAAAACCAAACAAAAUAGAGAGAUUUACUUGAAAUUGGAGAUUUGUUGAUGUGAAGAGUCUUUCUGUUUUAUUGUUUUUAAGAAAAAAUUAACCAGGAAAACUUUUAUUGUGGUAGAGAAGACACCAGAGUAGUUCCUUUUUAAAGUUGUGUUUGAUGCCACAAACUAAUGCAGUCAUGUAAGUAAUCAUGUUAAUUUGUGGAAAUGUCUGGUCCUAAAAAAAACAUUCUCUUUAUAUAUUUGUGAAAGCUGCCUAGAAACAUGUUUGUAAUAGAUUUAAUAUGUUUUUGUGUAUUCUCAGCAGACUAGAAAAUGUUUUUCUCUUUCUGAGUAACUCUUCAUAGCAUAGGCAACCAGUAUUAUGCUGACUUCAGCAUUUCAGAUAAGGACAAUUAUAACUGUGUAACCCAGUGUCCCAUUAUUUAUUGCUGUGGUUCAUAUAUAAAGAACAGAAGAAUUGAAAGACAGGGUUUGAGUGCCACAUUCUUCACAAAAGAAAAAGGAUGAAGACUAGCAAAGAGAAAAGGUUCAGCGGAUAUACUAUUGCACAUCAUAUACUUAGGAUAUGUUUUAGUUGCACUGAAUUUCAAACCAUAAUUGCUAAAAUAGUUUCUAGCUGUGAAAUUUAGUAAGAGGGUUUUUGAUGUCAGAAUUUUUUUUUUUUAAUUUUCUGAUUGAAUAAGUCUGUGAAAUCCCUGUAGGCUGUAACUUCAGCUCUUGCUAUAAACUGAAAGCCAAAUGCUCUUUCUCAGAAAUAGCUGUAUUUUUCGCCUGCCUCUUAAAGGCAGCCCAGUAUUUAUUCCAUGAAGAAUGAUACAUCAUGAGGAGGUACAGUGGGAAGAUAGCGUGUAAUAAAAUGAUCAUCCAAAAUGAGAAUGCUCUAAUGGGGCUUUCCUUAAGAACAAUCCAUCCCAGCACAAUACAUUUUGAAAAGGUGCUGAAUUAUUUUUCGUAUAAAUCAAGUUGCUCAGGACAUUGGGUGGUGCUGUCCUCUAUCUUAUAAUUUGGGAAAGUUCUGUCUUGAGAGAUGACAACUUGGUGCCCAGGCAGUUUCAGAUUCUUUGGUAAGAACCCCUUUGCCGCUUGGAACGUGGGUAUGUUAGAAAAACAAGUGAGACAUUAUCCCGAGUGCUCAUAUUCAUUUGUAGCCAAGGCCCAGAAAGAAAGACAGCCUUGAAAUAAUUACUUCAUGGAACUGGGUAGAACCGGAAUGGAAUACAGCCGCCUGUCUGAGGACAGAAAACAGAGCCCACCUCAAACCACAUGCCUAUCUAGAGAUUAAGUGGAACUGUGAGGGACAUGUUGUGGAUGCCUUAAAGGUGGUGGGUGGUGGGUAUUGGUGGGUGUGUGUGCACGCCCACCUGGACGAGGCCGUGGGAACAGCCCGUUGCAGCUCACCCGCGCGCAGCGUGAGUGCUUCCUGCUUGUGGCCUAAUCAAGGAAAAGGAGAAACAUGGUGCUGGUGACCUUCGUGUGUCUUGGGAGGUUCAAGUGGUAAUGUCACUGGGACUUGAGUCCAGGCCUCCCUGAAAUGCCACUGACACAUUGACAUGAAUUCAUCUAUGCAAGCUUCGGUUUUUAUGGUUUGUUUUUUAACCUGUGUCCCAUUGGAUUCUUUAAACAUCAGGAUUAACAUCAAUAUGAAUAAUUUUUAAACCAAAGUAUUGUAUAAGUAUGUGUGCUUGUUUUCCUGGAUGGUUUGAGGCAAACACAAAUCUUGUCCUUCUCUCUCAAUAAAGUCAUUUGUUAAGUCA